AUAAAGAUAUACAGUUUCUGAGCUGAUAUCCCCAUCUAUGGAGUGCACCACAGUUCUCCCACUCUCUCAGCUCUCUUUUUUCCCUCCAAAACCCUGCAACAGACAAAACAGAGCUUAUCCUUCAAGGCCAUGGAAGCAGAGGACUUCUCAACCGACUCGUUUCAACUGUCAAAAGAUGUAUGUCCCCGGGUUUGGAGAAGCAUCACCUGAAGCCAAGGCAGCCAACAACCUCCAUCAUUUCUUCACUUAUGUCGCAGUUAGUAUUGUUACUGCACAGCUCCAGAGCUAUAACCCCGAGGCAUAUAAGGAGUUGAUGGAAUUUUUGAGUAGGCACUCGUUGAGUGACGGCGACAAGUUUUGUGCAGAUUUGAUGAGGGAGUCUUCUCGGCAUAAGAGUUUAGUUCUGACUCUUGAGAAUUUUGCAUGUCUUGUCAUCGGAUAUGUGGGAAUUACAAAUGACUAUUGUGUGGCAGCUUUGCGCAUAUUAGAGGUUAGAUCUGCAUAUUGCAAGAAUGAUUUUGAGUGGGACAACUUAGAGCGAUUAGCAACUAAGAAGGUUGACGAAUCCAACACGAGACUCAUGAGGGAUUAUGUUUUGGAAACUAUUCACGGGGAAAGCUAGAGCAAAAAUGAUGUGUGUAUAAUUUGUUGUAAUUCACAUAUGCAUGGAACGGAUAAUGGAUUUUGUCAUAAUAAAUUACAAUAAUUUAUAUUGGGCAGUUAAAGUGCUCCUGGCAUACA